UGAACUGGUAUCAGAAAUGUUUUGCUCCCUAUUCUUGGCAUCUGCAUCUGCCCCUAAAACUCCACAUCUGUCGAGCUCUACUUGUCAUCACUUCGAGGAUCACUUAAGGUAACACACUCAAGUAAGCUGGUGACCUAACAUCACCUGUUAAACAUCAGCAUGUUUUCAUUUUCACCAUGAGAUUGUUGACGUUAGCAUUUAGUUCAAACCACAGCUGUACAGCCUCAAUGGUAAAUCUUGCAUAUUUUCCAAUCAUAUGUUGCAGAGAGCACAUAGCAAGAAGAAGUGAUUAGAGCUCGAGAUCGAGUCAAGAAGAUGCAUCAUCAGUGGGGGGACGGCUGCGUCUGUUUGUUUUAUGGGGGCUGCGGUUGGUGGUCGGCACAUUUCUGCGGAGCAGUGAGAGGCAGAACAGCAAAUAUGGGACCAAACGGCUUCCCACAGACUUACAUGUUCCAACUAAUGGAGAAGGAGGGAAGUAGGAGGGCUGAAUAAUGGGCGAAGUUUCUACGAGGACAAAAAUAAGAAAGUUGGGGAUGAUCAUAACCAUAUGGAGACUGCAUUUUGCUGCUGAGUGAGCCAGAGAGGGUGGGAAGUUUAGGGAGGGUGACAAAAGGAAAUAGGUUGGGACAGAAGAAAGAGAGGGUGGAAGAACGUAAAUAUUACUGCCAGGGGUUGAAACAUCUGGAAGUAAAGAUAAUAAAACAAAAACUAGAAAGAAGCUGAGGAUUAGCCCCUCACCUGAGAGUGGAAAGUUGUGUGUUCUGUUUGGAAUUUGAGGAGAGAGACAGGGCAGGGGCUGAGGGAGGAAGAAGAAAAUAGACGAGAGAGGGAGAGGGAGAGAAAAAGGAAGCAGUCUGCUGUUUCACACACUGGUGGUGAAGUUGAGCCCCUCGCAAGAAUUCUCCUGGCUGUGUCCGCCAUCUGGAAUGUCGAGUCACUUCCUCUGUCUGUGCUGUGCUCUUACGGGGUUGUCCUCUUGCCUCUCUGCUCCCUCCCUCUGCUCUGACAGCACCGUGAAGAACCGCUGGAGACCACGCCAGUGCGGACGGGACUCUUCUGACAAGACACACGCGCCAGCACACAAACAUCCAGCAUGAAAGUGAGACCCCUGGAUUAGCCCACAUCCAACCAGGCACCAUCUGAGUGGAAUCUGGGCCUGGAAGAGGCUAAGACAACUGCAGUCAUCAGCUGAACUUUCUUUUGGAGGGUGUUCCUUUUCCCUUAUAUGGCUACAGAGCUGAGAAAUCAUUUGAAUUAGUCUGGUUUCUGUUGCAUGCCUGUCUGGUUUUAGUGCUGACUGAGUUCCAUCUGCUGUGUUUCUGUCUUUGCUUGCUGUGCGUGUGUGCGUGUGGGAGCCGUGUGUGUGGCUCCAUUUGUUUAUUUUGCCGUCUUAGUUCUUCUUUUCCUGUUGUUUGCAUGUGCGGCUUUUGUUUGGGGACAAGAGGAGAGCUUGUGUUUGUGGUAAAGCUAGAGGCAGCGUCAUAGCCUCAGGGCUGACUGCUUCAUUCAGACUCUUGCUGUUUUUCCUCUACCUCCUGUCGCUCCCCCCCCCCCGCGCACCGCUGUGAUGGUCUGUGUUUGUUGGAGCAACACACCCACCUGGGUGCAGAAAACUGCGACCAAACACUGAAGCAGGGACUCAGCACUGGAGGUUGUUAUCAGGAAGGUGGACCGGAGCUUCAGCCGAGAAGCAGGGUGUUGAAACAGUGGACUAAUCUCACCAUCAGCUGGAUGCUUCUUUCCUCGUACGAUGCAACAGGAUGUGUGACCCAAAAGGAGCCAAUAGGUGCACAGGAAAUGCCAGCUGAUACAGACGGGGGGGUUGGGUUGUCAGUUUGACACUUUGAUCAUGAAGAAAAAGACCAUGGCAAACAGGAACACUUGAAUGGACUACUCGUCAGGCUCGUCAACUCAUGUGGUUGACUUUUAUGACCGUAUCGCUCAACAUUGAUCGCCAUGGCGACGGCGGCAUGGUAUCAUCGUGACAUCAGCCGCGUGCACGCAGAGGACUUGCUGGCACGGGCAGGGAGGGAUGGCAGCUACCUAGUGAGAGACAGCGAGUCUGUGCCAGGAGCCUACGCAUUGUGCCUGCUGUUCCAACGUCAUGUUCACACCUAUCGUAUUCUCCCUGACGCUGACGGCCUCCUCGCAGUCCAGACAACACAGGGGGUGCAGGUGAACUGUUUCCGGACACUGGAGGACUUGGUGUUGGGAUACCAGCAUCCACACAAAGGCCUCGUCACACCGCUGCUCUACCCGGUUCCCCGUGACAUCGACACGGGGGACGAGAGCUCAGAUGAUGAGAAGCCGCCUUCAGUGUCUGCCUCAGUCAGCUCGUCGCUUUCAUCAGGACCACCAGCUAAACCAGGCCCCCCCGCCCCAUUCCUUGAUAAAUUACAGGAGCUGAACACAUCCAGUACUGCAGGUGACGUGAUGGGUCUGCUCAAUGACUACCUCUUCAGUGAGCUCCCUCUCGACAUUGACAAUGUGCAUAAAGGGGCAACAACUCUAUGCCACCUCAAGCGUACUCUGGGUAUCGCCUGCCAGGGCCUCAACAGUGAGAUUGACCUGACACUCUCAAGUCUAGAAACCCUGGCGAAGGUGUUCGACCAUCCGAGCUGCUCUUUGACACAGAACAAGGCACAGGGCCCAGAGAUGGACAUAGACACCUUGUUGUGUAAGAUUUCAGCGUUGGUCAGCCUCCUUUCUUCACUGGAGAAAAAGGUGUUAAAAGCACUACAAGACGCUGUGACCAAUCACAAUCUGGCAGUCCAGCCCGCUCCCCCCCCACCUGAGCCAACACCCACCAGCAGAGCACCUGUAAAGAACCAUGCCCGACAGAUGCCAGUUCACUCCUUUCAGGUGAAGAUGGUGAGGUACGGCAGACAGACAGUUUCCGUUGAUGUGGACACAGGAAUGCUGCUUUUUGACAGAAAAGCCGGUUCAUUCACUGUCGAAAAGGUCUCACAUGACAGAAUCCUCCAGAUUGUCAAGUUCCAGAGCAGCCCAGCCAAGGUAUGCAUGGUGGUUGACAGUCACCACAACACACCGAGGGAGAUGACGUUUGAGAGCGCACGGAAACGCGACUCCUUCUGCCAACUCCUCCAGAUGAUGAAAACCAGACACUCUCAGCUGAGUGAGCCUGACAUGGUCUCUGUGUUUGUUGGCACCUGGAACAUGGGUGGAUCCCCUCCUCCUCGCAGCCUGCAGACGUGGGUGACCUGCUGUGGUCUGGGACACACCCCCGACGAGUCGACCGCCUUGCUCCCUCACGACAUCUACGCCCUGGGGACCCAGGAAAACCCUCAGGGCGAGAGAGAGUGGAUUGAACAUAUCAAAGCAACCCUUCGCAGCUACACUCACAUUGACUUCAAACAGGUGGCAGUACAGUCCCUCUGGAAUAUGCGGCUGGCUGUGCUUGUGAAGCCGGAGCAUGAAAGUCGCAUCAUCCAUGUGAACACAGCCAGUGUGAAGACUGGCCUGGGCAACACAUUAGGGAACAAGGGAGCUGUUGGGGUCUCGUUCCUCUUCAAUGGAACAUCUUUUGGCUUUGUUAACUGUCACCUGACUUCUGGAAGUGAGAAGGUCCUGAGGAGGAACCAGAACUUCGUGGACGUGCUCAGGCUCCUUUCUCUAGGCGACAAACAGCUGGGUGCUUUUGACAUCAGCCUGCGCUUCUCUCAUCUCUUCUGGUGCGGAGACCUCAACUACAGACUCGACUUAGACGUACAGGACAUCCUGAAACAUGUGUCUAAGAGAGAGUUCGAGGAGCUCAUGUGUGCGGACCAGCUGACCCGAGAGAGACACAAGAGGAAGGCCUUCCUCAAUUUCAAGGAGGAAAAGAUUGCGUUUCCACCCACCUAUCGGUAUGAACGGGGCUCCAGAGACUGCUACCUAUGGCAAAAGUACAAGACUUCAGGGGUGCGGGUCAACGUGCCAUCUUGGUGUGACAGGAUUCUGGUGAAGUCCUAUCCGGAGACGCACAUUAUUUGCACGGCAUAUGGUUGCACAGAUGACAUCUUCUCAAGCGAUCACUCACCUGUUUUCGCCACGUUCCAAGUGGGAGUGACGUCACGGUUCAGCUUCAAAACAGAUCCGAACCCUGGCAUGGAGAGGGCCUGGAUAGAGCUGGAGGGCAUGGAGGCCAUUGUGAAGACUGCAAGCAAAGCAAAGUUCUUCAUUGAGUUUCAUUCAACUUGCCUUGAAGAGACGCGGCGCUCCAGUGAGAACGACUCGCAGAGCUGCGAUGUUCCUGGGUUUCUGAAACUCGGCUGGUCCUUCAAACAACUGCCUAAGCUUCUCCCAGUCCUGUCUGACAUGGAGUACCUUCAGGACCAGCACCUGCUGCUGUCUGUCAAGUCAUGUGACGGGUUUGAGUCAUACGGUGAAUGCUGUGUAGCUCUGCGCUCACUCACACGCGCAUCAGAGCAGUUUGAGACGUUCCUGAGUCACCGAGGUGAAGAGAUUGGCUCCAUAAGAGGACGCAUCAGGGUCCACGUGCCCAAGGACAGGCGAGGAACGCGGGAGAGGAUCUAUGAGUGGUUCUGUUUUGAGAAAGAUGAUAAACGGCCUCUGAGGGGACACAUGUCUCCGGCAACGACACGGGUCCAAAUAAAUAGGUCCUCUCCAGUUCCUCCUAAACUCACUCCGAGCAGCUACACCAACCCCGCCUACUUCAUCUUCGAAGGCGUGUCGGUGGCACGCAGGGUGGAGGAGGCCCUCCCCCAGCAAAGAGACCCUCAGGUGAUCUGGUCUGGUAACGAGGCCUUGCAGCUCCCGAAAAUCUCAGGACGCCAGGGCUUUGAAAGACCCUGUCGCAGGUCCGACUUUACAGAGAUUGAAAUUCCCGCCAUCCUGCCCCAGUGCACGCCAACCAACGACCUUCAAACGCCCCAAACCAACUCCUCCUAUCAGCUGUUCCCCGCCAAAGACCCGUCUCCCAUUUCUCCACCCUCCAGCAACGCCAUCCCACAGUACCAGGAACAGACUUCACAACCCCGAGACAAAUAUCAAUGUAAAAAUAUUGUUCAGGACUCCAUACUGCCCGUAAAGAACCUGAGGAACUUGUAUAUGAAUCACUCAGCGAUCAUUAGGGAAAAAAACCGAAGGGAUCAACAUCAGCUCCUCCCAGAGAGGACCAAUCCAAUCCGGGCUGCCAAGCUGCCGUCGGCUUUCCCUUUCACCCCCUCUCCCUUAGGACAUUGUCAGGCAUCUGCUCCCUGGACAGUGGAUCAGCAGCCACCUGGGCCUACAGGGGAUCACUCCCUCACUGCUUUGCAAAUUGCCAAGUCCCUCAGUGAAGUCGACUUCUUCCCCUCAGAGCAGAGAGGCCCGACCAUAACCAACCAGAGGCUAGGUUACAGAAACGGCCCCUCGAUGCAUGGAGACCGGGCCCACAGCUGGGAGAAAGAGCAGGUGUCCGUGCUCCAAGGGGCACCAGAGACAGUGCGGGAGCUUCUCAGCACUCUGGGUCUUCAGAAAUACACCCUGGGACUCAGUCUGAAUGGCUGGGAUGAUCUGGAUUACUUCAGCGGCAUCACUGAGGAGGACCUACGAGCCGCAGGAGUGACGAACCCUUCGCACCGACGCAGGAUCCUCGAGAACCUGCCCAGGAACUGGAACUGACGCUCGGAUACGAUGGUGCGAAGCGUCCUUGUCUGCUCACUUAUUCCAACUGGAAGAACUGAUAGAGCUGAGAUCUGAAGAAAGGACAGACUGAUGGGACACAAUCACAACAGCUGGACUUUACCUCAGUCCAUCUUCUCGUUCUCUCGACCAGGGAACAUAACGCAGGAUGUUCUGCGUUCUCAAUCCUCACCUCUUAGUUGAACUCCUGCAGUGAAAUGAAAAUCAGAAAAUGAAAAAUGGGACUUUGAAAAAAAUAUGUUGUCACUCAAUUUGUAAAAAUUUAAACAAAAUAGCUUGAAAAUCUUUUAAUUUGCAAAUUUGACUUUUCUUGAUAAGAAAGACUCCAUCUAUUUACCCUCCGUCAACGUUACAUGUUAACAUGGACAACAUCGGCAGUUCAGUUGCACGAAAGCUGUGUCCAGUCUAUUGUGGAGUUUUGAGUGAUGCUGUGUGCAGGGAAGGGACCUGGCAGAGAUUAGAGUGAGUGAUUGAAGGCAAGUGACGCUCUCUGCAGCGAGAGAGCGUCUGAGAGGCAGAGCUCAGUCGCUACAGGACAGGAGGUCAGCCGAGCCGCACGUGGGUAAAGUUUUCUGCCAAAAAAAACCGAAACACUUGAACUAAAUGUAACAAAACUGAAGCCAGUAAGAGGUUUCUGCCAGAAAAACUAUUUCCUCCUAUCAGCAGCCUGCAACAACACAUAUUCAGCUUCCUCUCUGUUUUAGUAAAGUUGAUGUAUGACAAACAUAAUUUAAAAUAGCCCCAAUGUUGAAUUUUUCAAGGAUGGAAACUGUAUUUUUCGUGUUUGACUCAUUAUAUGAAACUUCGUAAUAAGAAAACACAAAUUACUAUUUUAGGGACUAAAUUAAAUGGAGACCCUGUGACAAUAAUCUAAAAAAAGCCAUGUUUUUCAUUUCCCAAUCUUCAUUUCAGAGGAGGAAGAGGAUUGAGACGAAGGUACACGGGUUGAACUCGUUGCACAUUCUGCUUUAUUCAACUGUCCAUCUCGACUGAUAGUCAGAGGUGGAUGGAUGUGAAUGGAAAGCCUUGAUACGUAUCUCUAGUUACUGACUCAUACACAAAUGUUUAUCAUGGCAGCAAGGACUCAUCAAUUUUGUUUUAAAUGAUUUUUCAAUGACUAUACAAAUAUAAUUCCUCAAUUUCCAGUGUUCACACGAGGCUAGUGUUUCCUGUUUACCUUCAUCCCUUCGACUGUGUGCUUUCUAAUUAUUCUGCUAUUAUUGAGCCUGGACCCGAGCUUGUAAAAAGCCCUCUAUCAAACCUAUGGAGCAUCAAAUCCGUAGCUGUACCUACUGGAACAUUGUCUGUAAAGUUCGUGUAGGACCAGUUGUAUUUCAUAUUGUUUACUGUCUCAUAUUGUUGCUAUCGUGUCACUUAAUCAGCACCUACGCCCACUCUGCAUGUUUUAUGCAGCCUUUUUAAAGUAAAGUGCAUAAAGCAACUCUCGACCGUU